AUGUAUGCCAUGUCUGCAAUGAGCCCUCCUAUGCUUGAAUGUCCCCCAAUGGAACACUCGUACUCCACCAGCAGUGAAGAGUCCAUGCAAUCGACUCUGGGAUACAUGGGCCACCCGUCGUUGUAUGGGAUGGUAGGGACGGAGAUGUCUUUCGUCCAGCCCACAUACGAGCCCUCAUCAUACGACUCGACACCCUUCAGUUCCCCCCAGACGGUGGCCUCGUCGACCUUCGACAUGUACUACCCCAGCAACAACAACACCUUCACGGCCUCGCCCAUGGUCUAUUCGCCCGAAGCCUACUCGUUCCACCAGCUUCCAAUUCCAGCGUCUUCGUUCCCGGUGCCCAAUAUAGAGUGGAUCCCCACCCAAUCCAGCCCGAACCCGGAAGUUGUUUACUCUCCCGUUGAAAGUUACGAGACCCUCGACGCGUCCAAACCCGUCAAGCCCUACACCUGCGAGGACUGCAACAAGGCGUUUACUCGGCCAGCCGAUCUGAAACGUCACCAGACCAGCGUCCACAAUCCUGUCUUCCAGGACUGUCCCGUGCAGGAAUGUCUCCGCAAGGAUGGCAAUGGGUUCCCUCGUCGGGACCAUCUGAUCGAGCAUCUACGCUCCUUCCACCACUGGGACGUGCCCAAGCGGCGGGCAGCCAAGCGGGCCAAGACAGCUUAGACGGAUGUCUGUGUGGCCUGCCUUGUCUUGUCUAGUUUUUGUCUCCGUGUGUUGUGUUAUGAAUAGAGAUACCCUUUUCCUUUGUCAGAUGUUUAUGUUUAUGUUCAUGUUCAUACUUAUGUCCUCAUGUCCUUUCCUAUGUCAUGUUCUGUUGUUUUACAUUAUGUCUCCAUGAAUGUACCUCACAAUAGAGUGAGGGAGGUGGACUGGGCCAAGGCGGCGUUUAUUGUGGUUGUACAUUGGACUCGGUGUCAUGGAUCAGCAGCUUCUUGUCUGGUUUAUCUUUUUGCAUUUGCAUUUACAUCUUUUACUGAAAGUCUGACCAGUCCCCUAUAUUAUUAGAUACUAUACACGAAUAUGCCUAUACCAUCCAUGAUAUGACCUUGACCCUUCU